UAGAAGAAGAGUCUGCCGUGUUGUUGAUCAGCUGACUGUCUGAGAGCUUUAGCUAACGUUUCAGCAGUUUAUCAAUAAAUGUGAUCGAUUAAAUAUCAACUUUAGUGGUCAGCUGGCCCUGCGGACGGAAACAAGAUGGCGUUCAUCACGGCGAACUGGAACCCGCUGGGAGAAGCUUUUUACCGGAAGACGGAGCUGUAUGAAAUGUGCUGGAGUUUAAAGGACGGACUCAGAGACAGUUUAGUGGCUGCAGCACCGUACGGAGGCCCCAUAGCUCUCCUCAGAGAACCUCACAGACGUUCUCCCAGUUCUCGUCCUCAGUUGGAGAUUUAUUCUGCGUCUGGCGUCUCGUUGGCGAGCUUUGCGUGGAAGAGCGGUCCAGUGGUCCAUCUGGGUUGGUCAGUCAGUGAUGAGCUGUUGUGCAUUCAGGAGGACGGAUCUGUUCUGAUCUAUGACCUUUUUGGAUCCUUCAAGAGACACUUCAACAUGGGCCUGGAAGUGGUCCAGAGCCAGGUGUUGGAAGCCAAGGUGUUCCACUCUCCAUAUGGGACUGGUAUUGCCAUAGUAACAGGCUCUGCCCGCUUCACCUUGGCGACCAACAUUGAUGAACUGAAACUUCGCAGAUUACCUGAAGUUCCAGGUCUUCAGGGGAAGCCGACCUCGUGGCUCGUCCUCUCCGUGGACAGACAGACCAAAGUUCUGCUCGCUGUUGGACCAGACCUCUUCAUCCUGGACAACACGGCGUGCAUCGCAGUGGUGAGGAACUGUGUCUACACUGCCCAGUGGGCUCCUUCUCUCUCUAAAAAAGUACCCAGAGAAAGGCGGAGGGCUCCUUCUCUCUCUAAAAAAGUACCCAGAGAAAGGCAGAGGGCUCCUUCUCUCUCUAAAAAAGUACCCAGAGACAGGCAGAGGGCUCAUUCUCUCUCUAAAAAAGUACCCAGAGACAGGCAGAGGGCUCCUUCUCUCUCUAAAAAAGUACCCAAAGACAGGCAGAGGGCACCUUCUCUCUCUAAAAAAGUACCCAGAGAUAGGCAGAGGGCUCCUUCUCUCUCUAAAAAAAUCUUCCCCAGGACUGUGCAUGAAGCCAGAGGACCUGAUUGA